UCUGCUGUUGAAGUGCAUUACUCAGCCCAACUAGUUAGCGAGCUAGCCAGCUAGCCAACAUUCUCAAAAGAAUGAGUAGAAAACAUCACUUUAAAGGAGCCGAAGUUAGCUGCUGCGUGAAAUACUUCUUAUUCGGAUUCAACAUCAUAUUUUGGUUACUCGGAGCAGCAUUCCUGGGCAUUGGCCUCUGGGCAUGGGCGGAGAAGGGGGUGCUGUCCAACCUGUCAUCUAUCACAGACCUGGGGGGCUUUGACCCUGUGUGGCUCUUCAUCGUGGUGGGAGGUGUCAUGUUCAUCCUGGGCUUUGCUGGCUGUAUUGGUGCGCUCCGGGAGAACACCCUCCUGCUGAAGUUUUUCUCAGUGUUCCUGAGUUUGAUCUUCUUCCUGGAGCUGACCGCAGGAAUCCUCGCUUUUGUCUUCAAGGACUGGAUCAAAGACCAGUUGAACUUCUUUAUCAAUAACAACGUCAAGGCCUACCGGGAUGACAUCGACCUGCAGAAUCUUAUUGACUUUGCUCAGGAAUAUUGGUCAUGCUGUGGAGCUCAUGGGCCUAACGACUGGAACUUGAACAUCUACUUCAACUGCACAGAGUUAAACCCCAGCAGGGAGCGUUGUGGAGUUCCCUUCUCCUGCUGUGUGAAAGACCCUGCUGAGGACGUUAUCAACACACAAUGUGGCUAUGACGUUCGACUUAAAGUGGAAUUGGAGCAACAGAAACAUAUCUACACCAAGGGUUGUGUUGGACAGUUUGAGAAGUGGCUUCAGGAUAACCUGAUUGUUGUAGCUGGAAUCUUUGUUGGUGUUGCACUUUUACAGAUAUUUGGGAUCUGCCUUGCUCAGAACCUGGUUAGUGAUGUCAAAGCUGUCAAAGCCAACUGGUGA